UGUUAUUUCCUUCAAAAGUAACGAGAUGACGUUCAUAAUAACCAUUUUAAUUUCUUCCACCCUUCUCGGGCUCUCUACCACCCAAAUAUUUCCCAACUUGACCGGUUGUGAGCCGAAAUUGGGGGACUGCUCAUUUUUUAGAUGCAUGGACAACACUAUCCCUUGUGGAGACGGAGGAUACGCACUUGGCUACGGGAUAAAAAUGUGCGAAGGCUUCCAAAGAAAGAAGUCGUCAUUUUCCCUCGCCGGACAACAAUGGUUGGACGACGUGCUAUUCUGUGAGCAGACAGCCUUGCAACCAUGGUCUGUCCCAAAUCCGUUCUACACUUGUUCUACACUCGAGUCUGCAGGGGCGGUGCACCAUAGCAACUGCUGGACCAAGUCGAGCCCGACCUACUGCUCUCUAUCACCAGAGGAUUUGUCCAAUUUCUUGGUGACAGCGAGACAGUCGGUGAUGCCUCCUGUAACGUUUGCUUCUCUAAUUAAGCCAUGCGAUGUUGUGAGGGAGUGCGGGUUGGAUUUCUAUGACGAGGUUUUGUUAGAUACGUUGCUCCGGGUUGAUUAGGAGAUAGGGCCCAAAUAAAAAUUAGGUAAAGUAUAACAAUAUUUAAUAUAAUAAUAAUUAUUACGCAUGAAUGCACUUUCUACAAAAUAAAAAAACUGCAUUAUGUCUUAAUUGUAUCGAUGAGAAGUGCCGGUAUUCUUGAAAUAAA